CUCCAGUCACCUGCAUGGCGACAGGUUUCUACCCCGACUUAGCCGACCUGUUUUGGAGGAAAGACGGCGAGCAGAUCUUCGAGGACGUGGAGCACGGAGAGCUGCUCCCCAACCACGACGGAACCUUCCAGAUGUCGGUGGAGCUGAAAGUGGAGGUGACGGCCGAGGUGGAGGGCAAGUACGAAUGUGUGUUCCAGCUGUCUGGCGUCAAGGAGGACCUGGUCACCAAGCUGGAGAGAAGAAGCAUCCUGAGCAACGCAAGCCCACAAGACAACACUAAGAUCCUCCCUAUGACGAAGGACUCGGAGGACAGCAUUCCAGAUGCCUUUGAGGUGGUGCCACCUCAGAACUGUCCCUUCCCGGACAACCGUGUCACAUACAUUGGUGGCUGGGUGGUCCAGCAGAGCCAAGACUGA